CAUACGGAACGUGGGUGGCUGGCUUCACAUUUCCACAGACUGAAAACCAGCGGUCGGACCUCUCAAGCUCUGGACCGAAAUACGCCACAUUUACUGCGAUCAGAGGACGACUGAGGACCACGGCUGAGUUGUAGAGGUAGGAUGUAUCCGAGAAGAGACUGUUGGCGGUGAUUGGAACUCGUGAGCCGCAGGAGAACCGGAAUCGGGACAGACUCGGGCGAGCGGGGGCCCAACAUGGCGGCUGCGUUGUUGUCCUUGCUCCGCUGGGCCUUUGUUGUACUCGCGGCCCUUCUCUCGGUCGGAGCCGAUGCCCAGAACAGCCAGUGUCCCACCGAGUGCUCCUGUCAGGGAUUCCUGGUGGACUGCAGCAAUCGGAGACUUCGCCACAUCCCGACGCGGCUUCCCAGCUGGGUCCAGAUUCUAGAGCUACAGUCGAACCAGAUAUCCACAAUCCCUGAGGACGCUUUUAGCGGACUAGACAACCUGCAACAAUUAGAUCUGAGCAAUAACCAGUUGAGAAUACUAAAUGCCAGUGUGUUUCGCGAUCUCAAGGGACUGAGGGAAUUGAAAAUUGACCACAAUCAUCUGACGGAAUUCCUGAAUGUCGGCGCCUUUUCCCCAAACCUCACCGUUCUUAGUCUACAACACAACCAGAUAUCUUCUCUUCCUGCUGGCGUUCUGAGCAACUUCACAUCGUUACGGCAGCUUUACCUCAGCCACAACAAGAUCUCGUCCAUUCUUCCAGGCACCUUUCCUUCUGGACUCCCCCUUUACACACUCGAUCUUAACAACAACAAGAUAUCUGGUCUGACAAAAGGCUGCUUCGACAACCUGACAAAUUUAGAAACCCUCCGGCUCAACAAGAAUAGGAUCUCCCGAAUCCCACCGAAAAUGUUCAAACUCCCGUCGCUGAAGUCUUUGGAGCUGAACAGAAAUCGUAUCAAGAAGAUCGAGGGUCUGAGCUUCCACGGACUGGAGUCGCUCCAGGUGCUGCGGUUACGGAGGAACCACAUCUCCACUCUCAUGGACGGGUCCUUCUGGGGGCUCAGCAACAUUCAACACCUCCAAAUGGAUGGCAACAACCUGACCUCCAUCACCAAGGGAUGGCUGUACGGCCUGUCCAAGCUGCAGCAACUGACUCUGAGCCGGAACGCCAUCAGAAAUAUUGAAUCAGAGGGGUGGGAAUUUUGCCAGGAGCUGUGGCAUCUGGACCUGUCCCACAACCAGUUGAUAGCGAUCGAAAACGGCGCCUUCUCGCGUCUCUCCAAGCUGCAACUCCUCGACCUGAGCAACAACAAGAUCUGUGACAUCGCUGAGGGGGCCUUCCAUGGGCUGUCCUCUCUACAGACCCUAGAACUGAAGUCCAAUGAAAUCUCCUGGGCAAUCGAAGACAUGAAUGGGGCCUUCUCUGGACUACGUGCUCUUAACAAGCUCAACCUGGACCGGAACCACAUCAAGUCCAUAGCGAAGCGGGCCUUCAGCGGGCUGGACGGGCUGCGUAAGCUGGACCUGACCGAUAACGACAUCUCCUCCAUCCAGCCGGACGCCUUCGCCGGCCUCAAGCUGCUGGAGGAGCUGCGCAUGAACUCCAGUAACCUCAUCUGCGACUGCCAGCUCAAGUGGCUGCCUCGCUUCCUGAAGGAGAGCGGGUUCGGGAACACGGUGGACGCCAAGUGCUCGCAUCCAGAGGAGCUAAGGGGGAUCAACAUCCUGCAAGUCAAAGACUUUACCUGUGAUGAUCAGCCCAAACCCACCAUCACCACCCACCCAAAGACGACCACAGCUCUGCGGGGAGACAAUGUCACGUUACUGUGCGCUGUCACGAGUAUCGCAGCUUCUCCUAUGCACUUCGCCUGGAAGCACGACAACAAGGUUAUUGACAAUGCAGACAUUGAAAACUAUGCGACAAUGUCAGAUGGUAACAUUGUCAUGGAGUACACUUCCAUCCUGAAGCUGUGGAACGUCGAUGACUCCACAGAAGGCAGAUACCAGUGCGUCAUUUCCAACCACUUUGGCCCCUUGUACUCCAACAAGGCCAAGCUGACUGUGCAUGUGUUCCCCAAGUUCACCAACCCACCGCAGGACUUCACGGCCCGAGCCGACGGCACCGCAAAACUGCAGUGUGCAGCGAUUGGCCAGCCUGCGCCGCAGAUAGCCUGGCAGAAGGACGGAGGCACGGACUUCCCGGCGGCGCGGGAGCGGAGGAUGCACAUGAUGCCAGAAGACGACUUCUUCUUCAUCGUGAAGGUCAAGACGUCGGACAUGGGUGUCUACACCUGUACUGCCACCAACGAUGCUGGGACAAUCACGGCCAAUGCUACUCUUACUGUGCUAGAAACACCCACCUUUGUGAGACCACUGGAAGACACAGAGACCAUGGAGGGAGAGACCACAGUGCUGGAGUGCCUGGCGGCGGGCAGCCCGCAGCCCUCGGUCAGCUGGAAGAAGGACGGAGACGAGGUGCCGAAGACGAACCGCCACUUCCUGACGGCCAGCAACCAACUGCUGAUCAUCAUGCACACGGAACCCGGAGAUGCAGGGCGGUACGAAUGCGAGAUGUCCAACACUGUUGGUACUAAGCGGGAGUCUGCAAGCUUAACUGUUGUACCAGGUGUUAACCCGACCCAAGUCCUGGCGAGCGAGGGUGUGGCCCAGGAGAGCACGACGACCGGCAUCAUCAUCAUCUCUGUAGUGUGCUGCGUGGUGGGCACGUCGCUGGUCUGGGUCAUCAUCAUCUACCGGACACGCGGCAACAAGGAGGAGUACAGCCAGACCAACACCGACGAGACAAACCUCCCACCGGACAUGCCCGGAUCCAACUUCAGACUCUCCCAGGAGGGCGUGGAUGGGGGCGGUCAGGACCCGGCAGCACAGCACGGCCACCAACCUCCCCAUCCGGGCCCCCAGCGCCUGCAACACCCUAGUGCUACAAACAGUUUAGGGCGAAGAGUAGAUGGUGGAAACGAAGCUGUCUCCGUAGAGGUCCCCUGUAGCAGAUACCCACCAAGGCUGCGCUCGGCGGCCAUUUUCCCGAGCGAUGCGCCGGAAACACAGUUGUCACCUUUAACCCAACAUGAGCAAGCUCUUGCAGAGCACUCAGGUAACAGUAUUACUUCUAUCCCCCUGCCUGAAGACGUGGCGAACAGUCAAGGGGACGUCAAUCAGAACACGACGCAUAGUCCGCUGCGGACGUUCCGCCCCAUCCACUCUCCGAACGGGGACGAGAACGCGCCCCAGCUGGAGAAGAGCGUGGAGCGCUACCACCACCCCUCAGGGUCGUCAGGGUCGUCGUCCUCUCCCGAGGAGAGGAGACGGCACCACCACCGGUCCAGAGACCGCCUGGUGCCGGACCUGUACCACCGGGCAGAGCCGCCGGGCAGCGAUGACAUGGACGUGGAGAGCGAGGCACAAACAUAUAGUUCAUCGUUGUCAAGUAAUAGUUCACAAGGCUUGCCAAGGUUUCCUAAAGACGUCCAGUCAGAAUUCAACCCUCCACCCUCGCCCCUCACGAGAUCGAGGUCGUCCCCCAUCGCUGCAGUUGCGCCCUCCCACCACUCUCCUGUAUAUAGAUAUCCCUACCAGCAGCACAGCAGCUCAUCACAGUCACAAUACAACAACCCAACAGAAGCCUUCCCAAGCAGUAAAAGUCUCAUUCUCACAAUGAAUAACCACAGAAUAGGCCGAGAUGUGACGUUGUAAAGUGUACAUAACUUAUUGUAAUGUAAUAAUGAUUUCCCUGUAAAACUCCCCCCUGCUUGUAACUUGUAUGAAAAUUUCCUUUUAUGUUGUUUGUAAUGUAAUAUAUGUAUAUUGAUACGUGCUAAUCUAUUUUAUGAAAAGACGGGUAACUUGCUCCCAAGGUGGCGUUAUCCGUUGUUGCAGAACUGGGAUGUGUUGUCAUUUUUUGUGGAAUAUAUUUUAGUGAUGUCAGAGAGAAAAAAGCUUUUACUUUGUGGAUAAGCUUUUUGCCUCCCUAGGAGGUACUCCACUGUGUAUAUGUGACGUCAAGAGAUUUUUAUUUCCCGUUUUUAGCCCUGGCUACUAUUUUAUGUUGUACAUGUAGAAGAGGCUGGCUUCUGCCACUGCCAAGAGCUCGCAGACAAAUCUGGAUGUAGUGAUACGCUAGAAGCUAUAGCAAACUAUUUGUGUUCUGGUUGCCUUAUUUUCUUCUCUACAAAUGUUGCGGAAACAGUGCUUUAUGGAGUCUUGGCAGAGCAAAACAAAAAUCAAAAGAGCAACAAUGGAAGGUCCGAAGCAGCAAAUCCCACAAAUGUGUUACAAAUUUGUUUCACGAGGGACGCAACAAUGGUGCCUUCGUGCCUUUAAAGGCUUUAACACUGAUUUUUACAAUGCAGUAACUGUACUUUGUUUUAUCCUGUUUAAAGAAAUAAUUUCUUGAAAUAGUGUGCCAGAAAUGAGAGAUGGAAUGCUAAACAAUGAUGAAUCAAUGUCGGAUUUUUGCAGGGUCAGAGAGAACGCAGGGUCAAAUUCAAUUUGCCCACUGCGAGGAGAAAGAAAAAUCCAAGCUGAUAGGAAAACCAUGUUUUCAAUGUAAAACAAAUUUUUUUGGUAGCAGCUAGUUAAAAGGACAUGUAGUGAUAAUUCAAAGUACUCAGUAUUUAGCAAAUGUAAGUGAAAUUCUCUAAAACGGUAGUUGAACGAUGAUGUAAUUGAAAUCUCACCAAGUGAUGCUUGUAUGUUACUAUUGGUAGAUGCGGUGGUCUUUCAGAUCAGCCUGUUUCUGUACCAAUCUCUGCCUCCUCAGCUGGAAUUUUAAGGAAAGCUGCGGCUUCUUAUUUACAUAGGAUGAUGAUGAUGCAUGCUGGGUGUAACAUAUGUAGUAACGAGGUGUGUUGUUGUUAACCAACCGUACCACACGCUAAAACAAUCAGUUAGACCAAUGUUGGAUGAACAUUCUUAUGAAAUCAUGGUGAUAUUGAAACAAUACUUAUUUCUGAUUGUAGACAAGAUGUUACCUUAUUUCCUGAUGUCCUCUGUUCCCAACUACCUCAGCUGUUUAAGGCAGAGGGCUGUGGGACUUGGGUAACAUACCUGGCAGUGUGGUAAGGUUGUGUAACAUUGUUGGAUGGAAAAUUUGUGAAGAGUGCUCCAAGAUGGCCGUUCUUCCAUUGCACUUUCCCAAUAAAUAGCAAAGCCCUUUUCUGUGUAGCAACAAAAAACAUUGCUAAUGCCUUGUAGCAAGCAGAUGCAACUGAGCAAAAGAAUCCAUAGCAAAACGUGACAACGAAAACUGUUGUCACAAGACCAGGGCCAUCACGGAGUGCUUCGAGGGACGGCAGCCCAUUUCACCACCCUCACAGUAUUUGUGGUAGUCGUGUGCAUCAUGUAGUCAUAUCCCUCUCCCAUCCAUUUUUCCUCGGUACUCGCAAAGCCAGUGCCUCUUGCCACGUGCGUGGCAGACUCAGGGCCAGGCGGGUACGGUGUCACCAUACAGCGGGUCAACUAACGGCCCGGACGGGACUCACAGGGCACGACAAUACCUCCUGCUGUACUGGUGCUAGUACGCUUGUGUAGAAUGCCGAUAACAGGGUUGAUAGAGAUUAUUAAUAUUUAAUAUUAUUAAAAAAAAAGUAUGAGAAGAAAGGAUUGUGGUAUGUUGUGCCCUGACAGUCCCAGCCGGGGAAUGUGAGAGUUAUUUUUAUAGGCAGGCCUAUCCACACACGUUGUGUACAUACAUGUAUCCAUUGUCACUGUUCAUUAACAAGACAAGCAAACCCUAAUGUCAUAUUUAUUGUAUACAUCUUUAACAUGUGUGAUGUCUACGAAAGGACAUUCAAAAUUUAUUUGUAUAGCAUCUCAAGAAGUAUUAAAAAUGGUCCUCAUGUUGAAA